AUGAAACCUUAAACAGAGUCGAAGCAAAGACCUUCCCAUUUACAGCCGGCAAAUGGAAAGUUCCUCCAACAGAGUAGAAAUAGAAUCCGGAGGUAAAGUGCAACAAGGCAGGAGUACCUCUGGAGUACGAAAUUUUUUUGCUGGAGGAUUUGGCGGAGUCUGUGGUGUGACUAUAGGACAUCCGUUUGAUACAAUCAAGGUUCGCAUUCAAACAACCCCAUCACCAAAACCUGGGCAGGAAGCUGUGUUUAAGGGAACUCUUGACUGCUUGUUGAAAACAUUACGUAAUGAGGGUGUCCAUGGAUUAUUCAAGGGAUUGUUCACACCAGUUGCCUUUGCCACACCCCUUAAUGCAAUCCAGUUCUGGGCUGUUUCACUGGCCAGAAGAAUGCAGAUGGAGGAUCCUCAUGGCAUUCCAACAAAUUUCCAAAACUUUACCUCUGGAAUGUUUGGUGGGUUUUGUGCAGCAGCUAUUGUCACUCCUGCCGAUAGGAUAAAGUGUCUUUUACAGAUCCAGCAAAGUUCUGGGGGCGAAAGAAAAUAUAAAGGUCCACUGAAUUGUGCCAAACAACUUUACAAGGAAAAAGGAAUAAGAUCUUUGUAUAGGGGAACGUUCGCAACUCUUCUAAGAGAUGUGCCAAGUAUAGGGGUAUACUUCUGCAGUUAUGAAUGGAUUCUUAACAAACUUACAUUAGAAGGCGAAAGCCGUGAAAAUUUAAACCCACUUAGAAUCUUUGUAGCUGGAGGUUUGACAGGUAUGAUUUGCUGGGCUUCCAUUAUUCCUGUUGAUGUACUCAAGUCACGCUAUCAAACAGCUCCCGAAGGAACUUACCCAAGAGGAAUUAGAGAUGCUUUUAGACACUUAGUAAAGGAAGAAGGAGUUGCGAGUUUAUUCAAAGGAGUCACUCCAGUCUUACUACGGGCUUUCCCUGCAAAUGCGGGCCUCUUCCUUGGUUACGAAGUCGCCAUGAAGACUUUUAGCUGGAUUUUACCGGAAUAAGGCGUGAACAUUUUAACACCUCAACUGAACCACACUUAAUGCAUCUCACUUUCUCCCGGACAUUGAAAGUGCUGCUCGUCGAAAGAUGCUGCUCAUCGUGAUUUACAAUGAAAUUCUCAUAACUACUGGCAUAAACUGUGCGUAGGCCAUUGAGGAGAGUUUGUGAUUACGUCAGUGUUUAACGCAGUCAUUCCUGGAGUUGCCCUCAUAAAAUUAUCAUAUCUUAUCUUCUUUAAGAAACUCUUCAAGAAACUGACUUCCACUAUAUUGAAGAGAUCUCUGCAACCCUGGUUAUUAGGCCAGGGCAAAGGAAAGUUUUUUUACCUCGUUGAGUAACUGAAUUUAUUUGUGAACACUCCGGUCCGCAGUUAUUGUUUGUGUUCAUGCGGUGAGUAUAUAGACACGAAGGAUUCUGGGAUCGAUAUAUAGUGAAUAAAAGCUGUUUUCCACACAUAAAAAGUCCCACAUGAUCAAUUAGUUUAUCCCCUCUUACGUAAUUAAACGCAAAGAAAAUUGUACGCAAAAUUUAAAAUUGCCUUGCCAAGGGUUUUUCUUAAAGAUAGCUGCGUAGAGUCUGGGUCUAGUUCUAAGCCGCAGAAUGAAUGCCACGUGAGUGAAUCCUUUGGCCCCUAAUGGUAACUGACAUAAUUUCUCCUUACAAUAUCACCCCUGAAUCAAACAUCAAGGGCACGAAAA